AUGCCUCUCGACGCCCAAGCCACAUCCAAGGUCAAGUCUAUCAUAGACAAUGCCUGUGCCGACCAGACUACAAACAUUCCCGGCACAACCAUUGUAGUCGUUGAUCGCAAUGGCGAAAUAUUCGCUCACUCGGCUGGAACGCGCGGCAUCGGCACCAAAGAGCCGAUGACCCUUGACAAUAUUUUCUGGAUUGCCUCGUGCACAAAGAUGUUGGCAGGCAUCGCUUGUAUGCAGUUGGUCGAACAAGAAAGGCUGAAGCUCGAUGACGGGGAGCACACGGAGAACAUCUUGCCCGAACUAAAAAGCCUCAAAGUUCUGAAGCCUGACGGAACAUUUGAAGAUAAGAAGAAUUUGAUCACGUUGCGAAUGCUGUUGACGCACACUGCUGGUUUCGGUUAUACGUUUUUUAACGAAAGGCUUCGAGAUUGGACCCAUCCAGCAGGCGUAGAUGAGUUCUCCGGAAGAAUUGAGGAUAUAAUCUCCCUUCCUCUCCUCUUUCAACCGGGAGAAGGCUGGGAAUAUGGCACUGGUAUCGAUUGGGCCGGCAUAGCCGUCGAACGUGUCAGUGGUCUGAGUCUCAACGACUAUCUACAGAAGCAUGUUUUCCAACCGCUUGGUAUCACAAACAUGAGCAUGUUGCCUGAUAAGGAGAUGCGUUCCAAACUAGCUUAUAUGCACCAACGAGAUCAAGACGGCAAGCUUCGUAUCCGAGACCACUUGCAGCGCCUUCCUCUGGUCAUUGAUCCGGAUAAUAAAGCCGAAGCUGCUUCAGUUUUUAACAGCGGUGGUGCUGGCAUGUUUGCACAGCCACAGCAGUACGGAAAGAUUCUCACAAUGCUUCUCAACGGAGGAGCAUGCCCAAAGACAGGCAACCGGGUUCUACGCCAAGAAACGAUCGAUCUCAUGUUCAGCAACAGCGUUGAGAAAUUCCCCAACUUUUCUCGUCAAGUUAUCCCUGCUGCAAAGCCUGAUCUAACCAACCGUAUUGAAGAGCUUUACGGGGUCGAAGGCGAUCCUCCACAGGGCUGGGGCUUGACUUUUAUGCUUACAAAUGGCGGUCCAACUGGCCGAUCAAAGAGCACUGUCCAGUGGGCAGGACUUGCGAAUCUUUGGUGGUGGGCGGAUCGUGAGCAUGGGGUUGCUGGGAUUGUAUGCACGCAGAUCUUGCCAUUUGCUGAUAGCAAGGUGUUGGAUCUCUGGACGGAUGUCGAGACUGAGAUUUACAAGUCAAUCUUGUAG